AUGGAAGCCUUUCAGAAUGGCUUUUUGGUAAUUAUAAUUUUUUACACUAAUUGUGGAAUCAAGAUUACACGCAGUCAUAAAGUGUCUGCAGUUGUGCAGUCAGACGUUCCUGAUUUAAGCAAGAACAAGGUGCUUUCAUGGAUAAAGAGGCUAGAAAUUGCAAUCGAUAGCGCUCGAGGUCUUUGGUUUUUGCACACAUAUCAAGGAGGCUGUAUAGUUCACCGUGACAUUAAGCCAACAAAUAUCCUUUUAGGGUCAAAAUUUGAGGCAAAGCUAUCAGAUUUUGGAUUGUCUAAAAUUAUUGAGAUAGGUGAAACAUAUGUUAGUUCAGAAGUGAGAGGAACUUUUGGAUAUGUGGAUCCUGAGUACCAAAGCAAUCACCAUGUGAAUUCAUCUGGUGAUGUUUAUAGUUUUGGCAUGGUACUUCUACAAAUUAUUUCUGGAAAGAGGGUCAUAAAUUUGAAAUUAAAGAGACCAAUGUCACUUAGUAAAAUGGCAAAAGCUUUCACUAGGAAUGGUAGCAUUACAGAAUUUGCUGAUCCUAGACUUGAAGGAAAUUAUUGUGAAGAAGCAUUUGAUUUUACACUUCAAUUGGCUCUAUCAUGCACAUCCCUUAACCAACAAAGACCAUCCAUGGAACGAUGUAACUGGAAUGUUUAUGGGCAAUUGCAUGUCUGGAAAAUGCAGGAUGUUGGUUGA